GGAACCGAAGCUUUUACAUUUUCCAAUUUCCACCGACUCCACCUACCUUCCCGUACCUUCUCGAAAGCACCCCCUCCUCUCUGUCUAUGGGGUCUCUUUAAUCUGCAUUAUUGUAAUAGAGAAUACAAUAAAGGCAGACCUCCGAAGUCAAGCUGUUCAGCGCCAAUUUCAUUCCAUCUCUAGUCUCUGUUUCCUUGCACCUUUCAGGCAUUUUCACAAAUGGAUGAAGAUGGUGCUGUCACUGUCUACAAUAGCAACGCCAUUACCGAUGCCAAGAAGAAGAACCCAUUUUCCAUCAAGAUAGGUUUAGCUCAGAUGCUUCGCGGUGGGGCGAUUCUCCAAGUCACUAAUCUACGAGCAGCCAAGAUAGCUGAAGAGGCUGGUGCUUGUGCUGUGAUUGUAGCUGAACCAACGCGUCAAGGAAUUAGGCGAAUGCCUGACCCGUCUCUUAUUAAGGAGAUAAAACGCGCAGUCUCCAUCCCUGUAAUGGCUCAAUCGCGUGUUGGCCAUUUUGUUGAGGCCCAGAUAUUGGAAACUGUUGGGGUUGAUUAUAUAGAUGAGAGUGAGAUUCUAGCUACAGCGGAUGAAGACAACUUCAUUAACAAGCAUAAUUUCAGGUGCCCAUUCAUUUGCGGGUGUCAAAAUCUAGGGGAAGCGUUGAGAAGAGUGAGGGAAGGUGCAGCUAUGAUAAGGAUUCAAGGGGAAAUAUUAGGCCAUGGAAACAUUGCUGAGACAGUGAAGAAUGUGAGGAAUGUGAUGAAAGAGAUAAGGGUUUUGAACAACAUGGAUGAAGAUGAGGUGUUUGCAUUUGCUAAAAAGAUAGCUGCACCUUAUGACCUUGUAGCACAGACUAAGCAAAUGGGAAGGCUGCCUGUGGUGCAGUUUGCUGCUGGAGGGAUUGUGACCCCUGCAGAUGCAGCUCUGAUGAUGCAAUUGGGUUGUGAUGGAAUUUUUGUGGGGCAUGAAGUUUUUGAUUGUGCUGAUCCACAUAAGCGAGUGAGGGCCAUAGUGCAAGCUGUUAGGCAUUAUAAUGAUCCUCAUGUGCUGGUUGAGACUAGUUGCGGAUUGGAGGAUGCAAUGAGAGAACUUAAUCUCAGUGAAGACAGGAUCCAACAGUUUGGUGUUGACUAGGGAAGUAGUUCUAGUUUCCAAAUAAAAGAUAUGCAGUUGUCGAUUAUAGAGAUUAGAGAGUACGUCUUUUUAGUUGGUGUGUUUUUUCACUACUAGUGUCUAUGUUGUAUGCUGCAUUUUCAUUGUCUGGAAAGACAGAUCAGGAAUACAAUAAAUUGUUUGUUCCUAUUAAUGUUGAA